AUGGCUCCCAAGUCUCUCGCCAUCACGGCGGUGUACCUUCUCCUCUCUCUCGCUUCCGCAACCCCUGUCACCCUCGAAGCAAGAGAUCUCCUGAAUCCCAUUGGACCAACUGCCACGGCCGAGCAGGAGAAAUGGUGCCCGGCUCUCGACUAUGACACCUACAGCUGCUACAACACCGUGGCCAUCUCCCCGACCGGCCAGCUCAACAGCGGCCAGGACCCUGGCAAGAGCCAGAACAAAAUCCUCAGCUUCUGCCACAAAGAGGACUGCCUCACCAAGCCCAACAUCUACGUCCAGUCCAAGUGCAACAACGGCUGGUGCGCCCAUAUGUACGACUACUACUUCGAGUCCGACUUCGGCAUCGGCGGCCGGGAGCACAUCGCCGUCUGGGUUCAGAACGGACAGCUCAAGUUCGUCUCUGCUUCCAAGCACGGCAAGUGGAACAUCCGCUUCCCUGGGCAGAACCCCAAGAUUCGUAUUGAGGGAAGCACUCACGCCAAGAUUAUGCUGCUGGGUACCCAUGCCUUCCGCUAUGCGAACGGCGGUGAUGAGCCUCCUGAGAACCACUGGCAGAGCUGGCGUUGGCGCAUUGGUGCCGGUCUGCUGAAGUGGGACUCGAUCGCCGGCAACCUGCGCACUACGCUGUCUCAAAAGGAUUGGGGUAAGGCUGAGGUGGCUGUUAGGGACAAGGGUGGCAAGGCCUAG